CGGUGCGGGGCCGGUGCGGGGCCGGGGGCUCAGUCGUCUCGGCAGUGGUCGCCCAAGAUGGCGAUGCGGCGACCCCGGACCCCCAUCUGAACGCGGCCGAGGCGGGGAAGGGGAAGGGGAGGGGGCUCCUUCUUCCCCAUGGCGCCAGGACCGGCCGGCGGCGGCCUCCGCGCCUUGUCCCUCGCCCUCUGCCUCCUCGCCCUACGAGGGGAAUCUCCGCCCCAGCCUUCCGUGGAACUGAGUUGCGGGCCCCGUCCCGGCCCCGGCCCCGUCACCCUGCUCCCGGGCCAGUGGGUGGUCCUGGGCUGCGGCCCGACCCCCGGCCAGCUCCCGGGCAACGUCACCUGGCUCCGGGACGGGGCCCCGCUGGCCGAGACGGACCGGUCCCGCCUGCUUCCGGACGGAUCUCUCCUCGUGGUCGCCCCCGCCCCGGGGCAGGCCUCCUCGGGCGAGGGAAGCUACUCCUGCCUGACCCAGAGCCCCCUGGGAGCCGUGGCCAGCCAGACCGUGGUCGUGAGGGUCUCCACGCUCUCUCAGUUCUCCCGCCAGCCGGAGCCGCAGGUGGUGGGGCUCCGAGAGACGGCCCGCUUUGAGUGCCGCAUCUCGGGGUGGCCGGCUCCGGCCAUCGUCUGGGAGAAGGACCAGCGGGCCCUGCCCCAGGAGUCACGGCUGACCGCCCUCCCCGGUGGCGUCCUGCAGAUUGUGGACGUGCAGGAGCGGGACGCGGGCACCUAUCGCUGUGUGGCCACCAACGCCGCCCACACGCGCCACAGCCACGGGGCCGUCCUCAGCGUCCGGACAGGGUCUCCGGCCCUCACCGCUCGGGACGUGGCCAUCGUGGCCACCCCCGAGAACACCACCGUGGUCGCCGGAGAGAGCGUGGUCCUGGAGUGCAUGGCGGCCGCCGACCCCCCGCCCUUCGUAUCCUGGAUUCGCCAGGACGGGAAGCCCAUCUCCACCGACGUAGUCGUGCUGGGCCGCACCAACCUGCUGAUCGCCCGCGCCCAGCCCCACCACGCCGGCACCUACGUCUGCCGCGCCAACAAGCCGCAGACGCGGCGCUUCGUGACGGCCGCCGCCCAGCUGCGGGUCCUGGCGCCUCCGGUCAUCUCUCAGGCCCCGGAGUCGGUGUCCCGGAGCCGGGCCGGCACCGCGCGCCUGGCGUGCCGGGCGGAGGGGGAGCCGCGUCCAGCGGUGCGCUGGCUGCACAACGGGCGGCCUCUGCGGCCCGGCGGGAGGGUCCGGGCCCAGGGCGGCGGCGGCCACGGGGGCGGCGGCAGCCUGGUCAUCACCCAGAUCGGGCUGGCCGACGCCGGCUACUACCAGUGCGUGGCCGAGAACGGGCUGGGCUCGGCCUGCGCCACGGCCCGGCUGGCGGUCGUCGUGAGGGAGGGUCUGCCCGGCGCCCCCACGCGGCUGGCCGCCCUGCCCCUGUCCAGCACUGCCGUCCUGGUGUCCUGGGAGCGCCCGCAACUCCACAGCCAGCAGCUCAUCGGCUUCUCCCUGCACUACCAGAAGGCUCUGGGCAGUGACAACAUGGAGUAUCAGUUCGCGGUGAACAACGACACCACGGAGCUGACCCUGAGAGACCUGGAUCCCGCCACCAGCUACACCUUCUACGUGGUCGCCUACUCCAGGCUGGGAGCCAGCCGGGCCUCGGCCACCAUCACCGCGCGCACGCUGGACGGUGUCCCCAGUGCCGCCCCUCAGCUGUCUCUCUCCAGCACGACCCCCACGGACAUCAGGGCCUCGUGGCUGCCCCUGCCUCCGGAGCUGAGCCACGGACAGGUCAACAAGUACAAGAUCAAUUACGGCCCUCUGAGAGACGCUGAUCAGCUGUUGUCCGCCGAGGUCUCCGCCAACCAGACCCAGCUCACCCUGUCCUCGCUGCUCCCUGGCAAAGCCUACCGGGUUCGCAUCGCGGCCGGGACCAGCGCCGGCUACGGGGUCCCGUCCGAAUGGACCCAGCAUCGGACCCCCGACGGGGGUAACCUGACCCACGUCCCCCUCGCCCCGACGGAGCUGAGGGUCCGAGCCAAGGUGGAGUCCCUGGUGGUGACGUGGCAGCCGCCCCCCAACCAGGCCCAGAUCUCCGGCUACAAACUGUACUCGCGGGAGGUCAGCCCGGAGGCGGUGGCCGGCGGGGAGCGGUCCCCGCUGGGCCACGAGAGCGAGGCCUGGGACGUGGGGCCCAUCCGCCUCAAGAAGAAGGUGAAGCAGUAUGAGUUGACGAGGCUAGCCCCCGGCCGGCUGUACGAGGUGAAGCUCGUGGCGUUCAACAAGCACGAGGACGGCUACGCUGCCGUGUGGAAGGGCAAGACCGAGAGGGAGCCCGUGGCCGUGGCUGCGACGCCUGGGCGGAAGGGGCCUCCCGAGCCCCCUGCCCACGUCCAGGCCGAGUCCAACAGCUCCACGUCCAUCUGGCUGCGCUGGAAGAAGCCGGACUUCAGUGCGGUUCAGAUCGUCAGCUACACCGUACGGUUCAGCCCCUGGGGGCUCAAGAACGCCUCCCUGGUCACCUACUACCCCAGCUCGGGCGAGACGGUCCUCAUCGGCGGACUGAAGCCUUUCACCAAGUACCAGUUUGCGGUGCAGUCCCACGGCGUCGGGGUGGACGGCCCGUUCGGGAGCGCGGUGGAGCGGUCCACGCUGCCGGACAGGCCGUCCUCGCCCCCGUCUGACCUGCGGCUCCGCCCCCUGAACCCGUUUGUGGUGCGGGCCCGCUGGUGCCCGCCGGCCGAGCCCAACGGUGUCAUCGUGGAGUACCUGAUCCUCUACAGCGCUAACCGCUCACAGCCCGACACCGCCUGGACGCUACUCACCAGGGAGGGGACCCUGCUGAGCGCAGAGGUGCCCGGGCUGGAGAGCGACACCAGGUAUUUCUUCAAGAUGGGCUCGCGGACGGUGGUGGGGCCGGGGCCGUUCUCCAGCGUGAAGGAUGUGCACACGUUGCCGGAGACGCUGCCAGACAUCCUGGACAUCCACUCGGUGACCGGGAUCAUCGUGGGCGUCUGCCUGGGCCUGCUGUGCACCCUCUUCUGCAUGUGUGCCAGCUUCCGCAGCAGCUGGCACAGGGAAGGGCAACAUCAUCUGGCUGCUCCUGCAGGGAGGACAGGCUUCUCCCAGGCCCGUCCAGGCCCCCCUGCCCCCGACACCUUCUCUGAUGCCUACGAGCUGGAGACCCUCAUGCCUCCGCGCGCCCCGGCAGAUCUGCUAGAGACCCCCAGGAGUCGUGGCCCCGGCUUGCUCGCCAAGAAAAAGGCCUCGUGGAGUGAGCGGACCCCCGAGGGCCGGACCGGGGAGGGGCAAACCUGCAUCGCUCCCCAGCCGUGGAGCCGAGCAUUGCUGCCCCUGACAAGGACGGCGCAGGCGGUGGCGAUCCCGGCCCCGCUGUCUGACUCGGCGGAAACCGGGAGGGGAGAAAGGAAGAAAAAGCUUUUGCCGCCUUCAGGCGGAAACCAGGUGGAGGCCGAGGUCAUCGUCCACUCGGACUUCUCCGCAUCUGGAAGCAGCCAUGGCCCCCGCCCCCUCGGCGUGGGGCCGGCGGAUCUAGUGCCAGACUCCCCGGUCCCCUCCGGGUCCCUGGCUGCCCCCACGGGGGCAGGAGACAAGCUGCAGGGGAUUGACGGGGGAGCUCCGGGGUCCCAGCCGGCGCUGGACAGCUGCACCCUGGGGCCAGAGCCCGAGGCAGGAGCCCGGGGCCCGCGCGGCGGUUCGCCUGAGCGCGGAUGUAACCCGGGCCCCGGGGACACCGACUACAGGGUGGGCAGCCGCACGGGUGCGCAGCCGCUCGAGGCCCAGCCUCUGGACGCUCCGCCGGGCGGGGCUGCUGGCGUGAUCUGCCCCGCCUCGGGGCCCGGUGCCCCCUGGCCCUGACGGCAGAGACGAAGCCGCUUGUUCUGUUCCCGGGGGUGUGCGCGCGUGGAGACGUAGGCGUGUGUAAGUGUGCGUGGGCAUGCUUUUGGGCAGGCGCAGGCAUGUUUGGGCAUGCACUUCUGCUGUCAGACAACUCCUCCCCCAGUGGCAGUGACCAGGUGUCCCAUCCAGGAAAGAGUAUCUGCCCUUCCUAAAAUACUAGGGGUGGGUCUGCCUCCAGGUGAGAUGGGCCCACAAGUCGGGGUCUCCAUGGGAGCAGGGGGCGCGGAGGCGGGGAGGGGGCACGCUCGGCUGACCCUCGGACCACCAGCUGUGCCAACCCGUCCCCCUCCCGCCCCAGCCGUGGCCAUGGAGACUGCAAGGAGCAGCGGCCGGGCCUGGCUGUGGCCCAGACUCGGGUCUGUACGGGUGGUCUGGGAGAGAGAGAGUCCCUGAUUGGGUGCGAGGAAAGGACCAGGCGGGCCUACUGACCGGUUGCCUGGACCAGUUUUGGACGUUGCCGUGGGCCUUACCCUCCACUCCCCCAAACCAGACUGAAAUCGAGGAAGAUGGUGAGGACGGUGGGCCCCGUCUGACCCCUUAAUGUUUGGAGAUCCUCCCCACCCUCCCCUUCCUCCCUCCCCCCGCCCAUCUGACUGGAAUGCUGGCCUUUAUUACACACUCUGAGAGUGUCUCUGACACCCUGUCUAAAGAGAGACGACCCCUCCCGCUUUUACCAUUCCCAUCUAUAAAAGACAAUCCUCCCUCCUCUAUCACCCCGUCUGUGAGACAACCCUCCUGCCUCUAGCACCCCGACUGUAGAGGAAAACCCACCCUCACCUCAAUCGCCCAAUCUAGAAAGACAUGGCCCAGCCCCACCAACACUCUGUCUACCAAGGCGGAGCCUGCCUUCCUUCACCCUGAACAUAUCACCCCUGCUGCCUCUGACACUGUCUAUGGAGAGAAGACCUCCCACCUCUAGCACCCAGGCUGCAGAGACACAACCCCCGCCUUUCCCUCUUGAUAAAGACGGCCUCCUCCUCUGCUCAACGCCUUGUCUACUGAGAUGGCUCCCUCCCUCCUCUAACACCCUGUCCUCAAGAGAAGUCACCCUCCGCCUCUGACCCGAUCUAGAGAGAGAAGCCUUCUCAUCUCCAGCCUCCCAUCUGCAGAGAGACAACCCCUGCAGCCUGUUUAUAGAGAUGAUCCCUGCCUCUCUUAGCACCUUCUUUACGAGAGACUGCCUCUCUGAUACUGUCUACACGAGCCAGACCUCUGGCUUCCGACUCGCCAUCCGGAGUCCUCCUCCCUCCCGAGUCCUCACUGGCCUGUCCUCUGCCGGGUGCCGUGGAUGCGCUCAGCAUUUCUGAGCAAUGUCUCGCCCUGCACAUGUGGCGGGAGUCCCGGAUCACCUUUCCCCUUUUCAAUUUGAUAAAUCAAUCCGUCGUAUUUACUGAGGGCUGUGUGCGGAGCACUGUACGAGAGUACGAUAUAACAGACUUGGUAGGCACGUUCCCUGCCCUCAGUGGGCUAUAAAGCAGAGCAGUACCUUUUUCUGACCCCUCUGCUCGCCCCUCUCUCUCCCGGUCUAGCUGUCCUUUGGCUCCGGGCCUCCCCACCCUCUCCCCAACAACGUGGCUACCUCACACCCGCGUCACGUGUCUGCACCCGUGUCCACACUCAGAGCCGACUCCUCGCCGUUUGCUUGUCGGGGACCUGGUUCUGAGUGUGAAGAAAACCAAGUGCCUGCGUCUGCCCUCUCAGGUCCUGCUGACCACCACGCCGCCCCUCCCUCCAGAUUCCCCAAAUCGAAGGGUGUAUUCAGUGACCGAUCACCUCCCACCCUGGCCCAAAAUGGUUUUGGGGGGGGCUGGUGGGAGGUCUGAAGUUGGGGCUGUAAUGGUGGUGUCAUUGCAUCUGGCUUCCUGGGGGGCAAGAGGGCAGAGGCGGCUAGGCCCCCGGCCCCCACUAUGCCAACCCCCCUUGUCCCCAGCCACGGUCCAGAAGCAAGGCCGAACUUCCCUCCUGGGUUUGGGCCGGUAGGCGUGGGCCCAGCCGGGCAUCUGGCCUCCGCCUAGAUUGAAAGUGGACAGGAGGGCAACCUGGAGCACAAGCCAUCAAGUCCCCCUCCCCCUAGCCUGGCCCGCGCCCUGGGCUCGGAGAGCUCCCGGGUCCGGUGCCAGACAUGCGUCCGGUUGGCUGUGACUUCCCGGCUGGGAACGAAUGUCCGGGCUGCGGGAGGGGUGCCUCCCACCCCAAAUUUUGGAGUGGCUCAGCUCCAGGGAGUGGGGAGGAGAGAUUGCCUCCUGCCUGUAGCUGGGGAAGCGGAGUUCUUCCCCUGCCCCUGAUGCUCCAGCCCGGUAGGAAAGAAGUAGUUAUAUCUGCCACUUGUCAGCUGUGUGACUGUGGGCAAGUCACGACUUCUCUGUGCCUCAGU